AAUGGUCUUCUCUUACGGUCUGAAACGGUCUGUGUUCGUCUCGUCCGCCUGGCACCUCAACCCCUAAACACAGCUCAAAAUCCCCAGACCCAAAAUAGCUGCUGCCUCAUGGACCAGAAGAACGGUUAUUUAUAGUGAAAGCAUAAUUACGAGAGUGAGAGUGGAGUCCAACCGAGCUGACAGGCUUUUGAACAACUUGGUGUGAAACUGAACGAAAGACAACAUGCUUGCUCGGGCUUUUGCAAACAGACUCUGUAACCGACUUUCAAGGGAAACCACGCGGACUGUCGGUCUGGGGGCAACGGGGCGGCAGGAUAGGCAAGCUUCCACAGAGGUGGCCCUCAAGAAGACCCCGCUAUACGAGUUCCACAGGGCUCAGGGUGGUAAGAUGGUGGAGUUUGCGGGAUGGAGUAUGCCUGUGCAGUACAAAGACAGUCACAUUAACUCACACAUGCACACACGCCAGCACUGCUCCAUCUUCGACGUCAGUCACAUGUUGCAGACUAAAGUGUAUGGUAAAGACAGAGUGAAGUUCAUCGAGUCUCUGAUUGUUGGAGACAUCGCUGAACUAAAAGACAAUCAGGGCACUCUCUCUCUCUUCACAAACACUAAAGGAGGAAUCAUGGAUGAUCUGAUUGUGACCAAGACAGAUCAGGGUUACCUGUAUGUUGUCUCCAAUGCUGGCUGUGCAGACAAAGACUCUGCUCAUAUGCAGGCCAGACUGCAGGAGUUUAAAGCUGCAGGUCAUGAUGUAGAUUUGGAGUUCAUGGAAGAAAGUCUCAUUGCGCUGCAGGGCCCAUCAAUGGCACAGGUUCUGCAGAAAGGUGUGGGUGAUGACCUCAGGAAGUUGACCUUUAUGACCAGUGUUUUAACCCCAGUUUUUGGCAUCCAGGGCUGCAGGGUCACACGCUGUGGAUAUACAGGGGAGGAUGGAGUUGAGAUCUCAGUACCAAGUAAAGACGUUGUCUCACUGACUGAAAAGUUGUUAGCUGAUAGUGAGGUGAAACUCGCUGGUCUCGGUGCCAGAGACAGUCUCAGGCUGGAGGCGGGACUUUGUCUCUACGGCAACGACAUUGAUGAGACCACCACACCCGUGGAAGCAAGCCUUGUUUGGACUAUAGGUAAGCGCCGUCGACAAACACGGGAUUUCCCCGGUGCUGACAUCAUUGUUUCACAAAUAAAGGCAAAGACUCAGAGAAAGAGAGUAGGACUGCUCUCCACUGGACCACCUGUCAGACAACACACUCCCAUCCUGUCAUCUGACGGCAGGGUUAUAGGUGAGGUCACUAGUGGAUGCCCCUCCCCCUGCCUCAAACAAAAUGUUGCCAUGGGCUAUGUGGAAGCUGGUCUCAGUAAAGUGGGCACAUCAAUCCAGGUGGAAGUAAGGAAGAAAGCAGUGCCAGCAGUGGUCAGCAAGAUGCCAUUUGUGCCCACCAAGUACUACAUGGGCCAGUAGAAGUAGUAGUCAUUAAACCGUCUGUGUUUACGAGAGGGUCUGUCGUAGAUCUGUCUGGUAGUAUUUAGCAGUGGAGGCCACUUCAUUGCCACUGGAAUGGAGACCAACAUUAGAGAUUAUGUAAAGCCUAAGACACACGUCAACAUUAAGCAUUCCCUAAUACAAACACAAAUGCAAACUUUAAACAAAAUCUACUUCCAUUUAAAUUACAUUCCAGGACAUUCUGUAAUAAUUGCACAACAUUUUGGAAAUGGAACUUUAGGAUGUGGGAAAAAAACACUUGCUGUUUCUUUCUGUGUGUGUGUGUUUAACAUAGAGCACUUAAAUGCUAGUUUGUGUGGGAAGGUGACAUCUGUUUUAAGACUACUGACUAAAAUUCCUUUAACGUCACACAUCUGGUUCGUUUUUAUGCCAGUGUACUGUUGUACAAAUAAUUAACAAAGGUAAUCUAAAUGAGAUUAACUGUAUUAGAAAAGUGCCUAAUUUUUAGUAGAGUAUGUUGUCAUGCUGUAGUAUUAUUAAUGUCAUGAACUUUAGACCACAUCACUGUGACGUCUUUCUGUUUGAAAGAUCAUUUCCAUUUUGUUUCCUUUUGGGAUGAUUAAAUGAAAUUUAUUCUAUAAAAUUUUAUAUAACUUUUACUUGAUUGGUUGUUCCCCAAUAUCAACAAUUUGGUAUGGUUCGUGUUUGUACUGUGGGUUGUGAUUUUAAAUAAAGUCUUUAACUUAA